GAAAUCAAGCAGCGCCCCCUGCUGGACUAAAGGAACCGAUGCAUGUUGCUUUGUUUUCAAAACCUUCAGAGAGACCCAUACCGUUUGUCUCCUUGUUUUAUUGAGCAAUUAUUAUCUAACCAGCGCGGUAAGGCGCUCGAGAUUAGUCCAGUCAUCGCUUUAGGGGUGGAGAGAUAGUAUUUAUUCGCCGUACAGUACCCGUACAGUGAUCGUCGACAUUAGGUCAGUGCUGCUGAGGCGUGCACAAUGGAGAGCAAGAAGAGAAGGGGUAUCUUGGAGCGCCUGAAUGCUGGGGAGAUUGUUGUAGGUGAUGGAGGUUAUGUGCUGCAGCUUGAACGGCGCGGCUAUGUGAAGGCUGGACACUGGACACCUGAGGCUGCUGUUGAACAUCCUGAAGCAGUGCGGCAGUUGGCCAGAGAGUUCCUGAGAGCAGGAGCCAAUGUGAUUCAGACAUUCACCUUCUACUGCAGCGAGGAUAAGCUGGAGAUCAGUGGCAAUGUCAGCAACAUCACUGGGGCUAUGAUCAAUGAUGCAGCCUGUGACCUGGCCAGGGAGGUGGCAGAUGAGGGUGAUGCGUUGGUUGCUGGGUGUGUUUCUAAGACUCCCUGUUACGUGCAGAGUCACAGUGAAACAGCCGUCAAGGCCAUCUUUAAGAAACAAAUGGAUGAUUUUUGCAAGAAAGAUAUAGACUUCUUUAUAGUAGAGUUUGUCGACCACGUUGAAGAGGCCGUGUGGGCAGUAGAGGUGCUGAAGACCAGCGGAAAACCAGUGGGUGCAACACUGUGCAUCUCCCCUCAUGGUGACAUGGCUGGAGUCCCACCUGGAGAGUGUGCUGUCAGGCUGGUCAAAGCAGGAGCUGAUAUUGUUGGAGUAAAUUGCCACUUGGACCCGCUGACAUGUGUUCGUACUGUGAAGAUGAUGAAAGAAGGAUUAGAGAAAGCGGGUCUGAAAGCCCAUCUCAUGGUGCAGCCUCUGGGCUCUCACACACCUGAGUGCAACUUUGGAGGAUACACCAGCCUACUUGAGUAUCCCUUUGCUUUGGAGACCAGAGCAAUUACCCGCUGGGACGUCCAUAAGUACGCCAGAGAGGCUUACAAUGCAGGAAUUCGCUACAUUGGCGGCUGCUGUGGAUUUGAAGCGUACCAUAUCAGAGCUAUAGCUGAAGAGUUCGCUGUAGAGCGAGGAUUCCUCCCACCAGCCUCAGAGAAGCAUGGACUCUGGGGAGCUGCUCUGGAGAUGCACACUAAACCCUGGGUCAGAGCCAGGGCUCGUCGAGAGUACUGGGAAAACCUUUUGCCGGCUUCUGGACGCCCUAAAUGUCCGUCCAUGUCCACACCAGCUGCUGAUUACGAAAAAGAGAUGGACCCUUAACAUGUUAUUAUCAUAACUUGUAGUCUUGACCGUACAACUUAAUGUAUUGUUUUGCAGCAUGGCCAACUGGCUCAGUCAUGAAACCACCUGCUGGGUUUGAGAUUUAGCAGUUUUCCUCUUCUUUUCUGUCACUGUGUGUACUAUCAAUAAACACUCUAGCAAGUUGCAGAUAACAACACA